AUGUUUAACUCGGUGAAUCUGGGCAACUUCUGCUCCCAGACGCGCAAAGACCGGACAUCCGAGUUUGGGGACAGGACGGGCUGCGCGUCCAACAUCUACCUCCCCAGCUGCACCUACUACGUCCCCGAGUUUUCUGCCGUUUCCUCGUUCCUUCCGCAGGCCCCGUCCCGGCAAAUCAGCUAUCCUUAUUCCACAAAUCUCUCUCAAGUACCGCAAGUACGGGAAGUUUCCUACGGCUUGGACCCUGCUAGUAAAUGGCACAGAAGCAAUUAUGCAUCGUGCUACUCGGGAGAGGAUCUGGUGCAUAGAGACUGUCUACCACCAUCCACCAUGACAGAAAUGCUCAUGAAGAACGAGAGUGUGUACAGCCACCACCAUCACCAUCACACCCACCCGGGCUCCAAUCACCCCUCCACAGGUUUUUACUCCGGCGUGGGGAAAAACAACGUCCUCCCGCAAGGUUUCGACCGCUUUUUCGAGACGGCGUACUGCAGCAGCACGGACAAUCAGUCAGACAAUUGUUUACAAAAGGGCGAGGGGGGAAAGCUGGAAAGCGACUCCCAGCAGCAGCAACAACAGCAACCCACAGCUUCGGUACCCGGAGCUCCGGAGCAGGAAAAAGACCCAGAGGAUGAGGAGGAACAUACAAAUUCGGGCUCGUGUACUUCUUCCUCCGCAACAACCAAGGACGGCACCGCCAGCAAGAGCAGCCACUCCAGUAGGUAUACCGAGCUGUAAAAUGGGGGAAGGUUAAGGGGACUAGCCCGGUGUUUUGUCGGUCAGAUUUUAUGUGGAGUUUUAUAAGCAUUCAAAGGAUUUUAUUAUAACCCUACAAAGCUCUUUCUUGCAACGAGAAGAAUUUUUACGAUGGGAAAGCGCUUUGAAAAAAGGGGGAUGUUAUACACAGACGCCUCUAUGGUGAGAGUCUGUGAAAUUUUUAAGAGAGAGCUAUUGUGACAAAUGUUAACUUUGAUCAUGAACUUGCGUUGGGCAUUUUAAGGGAUUUUCUCGUUGCGCUGUCGAGAGUAAAAACCAAUUGGGCAGAACAUUGCUUUUGGCGUCUUGUGAAUUUUCUUUUUAGCACAGGAAAAAAAGACGAGCUCCGAGUAUUAGAGAAUUUACGGUUAAACGCAUCUAUCUAUCUAUCUAUCUAUCUAUCUAUCUAUCUAUCUAUCUAUCUAUCUAUCUAUCUAUCUAUCUAUCUAUCUAUCUAUCUAUCUAUCUAUCUAAUGUUAUAAAUGAAUGAAGGGGGGAAGGAUUUUGCCUCCAUAUAUAGGAAGAAUAAAUAGGAUACAAAUGAUGCCAUUUCUUUAUAGGCUAUAUGCUCAAUCCAUUUAGCUUGCCUUUAGCAUCCCAUACCAUUACCUGUGAUUUGUAUGCAUGCAAAUAAGCAUAGCUGUUAUCUUUAUUUACUCUACAGGUAGGAAAAUUAUAAUUUUUGUUUAAUGCUAAUAUUACUCAGCUUCUAUGUAUGUAAAGCCUCGAGCUUAUUGGCCCAGACUGGCUGUAGAUACAAGCUAACUGAGGCUGGAGUUUGCCUCUUUUCUUAAGGAGAAAAAAAUAAACAAUAAAAAAAUCCCCAGUCACCUGUUUGAUAAGAGGUUACAGGGCCACGGAGGUCUGCAAAGGCCAGUCUUUUAAACACGGUCAACGCAUUUCAAGUCAGUGCCAGAAGAUUGUGUAAAUAGUUAGUUUAGCUCCAGGGGAAUGUGUUGCACAUAAUGCGCUGAAAUACUUCUGUUGUUGUAUAUUUAUAACAGAUAAACACGUACUUAGAGGCUGUAAGUUGAUAUUAUUUCCAUGCAAGCGAUUCGGAUAUUUAACACUCUUUAUGGCCGGUUUAUCUGAUAGCCUCAGCCACUUUGCCUGAUGAAUGCUGUCUGAAAUGUUUUCAUUACUAACGCCACUGAAACGGAAUUCUUUGCAUAUUGCAAGUCUGAGAGCUUGACUUAAUUUUCUCUUAUUUUCCCACUUAUGUAAUUACUUUUAAUCAUGUGACGCUGUUAUCUCCUCUGGUUUUACUCCUAAUUCUUUCAUUUAAUUCUCCUCCAUGCAGGCACUCCUCGUACAAGGAAGAAGCGGUGUCCAUAUUCCAAGUUUCAGAUCCGAGAGCUGGAGCGAGAAUUCUUCUUUAACGUUUACAUCAACAAAGAGAAAAGGCUGCAGCUCUCCCGAAUGUUAAACCUCACCGACCGCCAAGUCAAAAUCUGGUUUCAGAAUAGAAGAAUGAAAGAGAAGAAGCUGAGCAGAGAUCGCCUGCAGUACUUCUCUGGAAACCCCCUGUUGUGA